AUGCAACGCAUAAUAACCCACUCAACUCGUUCAAUUGCCUUUCGAAUUCCAACCGCACGCCCUCAACGGCUGCAGCCACUACAGGUCCUGUCCAGCGUUCAACAUGCGACACCUCUAAACAGUCGCAGCUUCGCCAUUUCCCCUACAUUAUACAAGAAGAAGGACAAGGCCAAGAAGAGCGCAGACCCUGAGCCUGUCGAGACUGUGAACGCUGCAGAGGAUCCAUUUGAUCUUUCUCAAUUGCACAAUGGGAUUUCCACCGCCGUGGCCCGGUUAAAGGAUGAUCUAUCCAAGCUCCGCGCAGGAGGACGGUUCAACACUGCAGUCUUGGAGAGCUUGCGAGUCCACCUAAGCAAGGACAGUAAAGACACUAUCAAACUUGGAGAUCUCGCGCAAGUCGUUCCCAAAGGAGGUCGUAUGGUCACUCUUUUGGCUGCUGAAGAGGAUCACUUGAAACCUCUCACUUCAGCAAUCGUCUCUUCGAACCUAUCCUUGACUCCCCAGCCUGAUCCUCACAACACCCUCCAGCUCAACAUUCCUAUCCCACCACCCACCAAGGAAUCUCGGGAUAAAAAUGUGCAAGCAGCAAAGCAGGCCUUUGAGAAGGCGUCUGGUGUAGUGCGCGACUCUAGAGGCGCCUUACACAAGCGUCUUCAGGAUUUGCAAAAGAAGAAGCUCGCCCGUCCAGACGACGUGCGCAAAGCCCACGAUCAGAUGGAAAAGGUUACAGAGCAAGGCCACAAGGAGGUCAAAGAUGCGUUUGACGCCGCUAAAAAGACCCUGGAACAGGCAUGA